AUGGCCUCGCAGCAAAGCACAGAGCCGUUCCCAACCGCGGGCGACGAGACCACCGAAGUCACGCACAGCUUAAGCCACAGGGACGAACGUGGCACUGCCACUCGACCGACCGCAUCGUCUUCUAUCAGCAGUCGCUUACGACGCCUAUCCAUCACAUUUGAGGAAUCGGGACCUCCAGAAGGAUUCAUGGCCGCUACGGGCGGAAUUGCUUCCUCCAUGCUCACGGGACGAUCUGCCAGAGGCACUAUAAGCUCGUCCAUCGAGCGCCGCGACUCGGCGAACCAGCCGCAAGGACCAUCGCCAGGUCCCAUUCGAACUAACACGAUACACUCGGUGGCAGAGGAACAAGAGCCGCCAUAUAUGCCUUCGGAACCAUUCGCUGCAAAGUCGGAAGAGCCAUCCGCCACCGCAGCGUUCCCGAAUGGAUACCACUUUCCGCCCAAGCAUUCGUUUUGGCAGUCCACGAGAGAUGCCAGCAUCACGUUUUGGAACUAUUUUAUCACCCCCGUUGGAUUCCUUGUUACGGUAUAUGGGCUCAACGUUGUGGCAUGGGGUGGCAUGCUGUUUCUGCUCCUCUGCAACGCCUCGCCGGCAAUGUGCCAUCCGAACUGCAAUGACAUUAACUCUGCUCGGCGUAUUUGGAUCGAGAUUGACUCCCAGAUUCUGAAUGCCCUCUUCUGCGUUACGGGUUUUGGUCUGGCGCCGUGGCGUUUCCGGGACCUGUACUUUCUUUUAAAAUAUCGCUUGGGCGGCCAAGAGGCCGGCCUUCGCCGGCUGGCAGGUAUUCAUCGAGGAUGGUUCCGCCUGCAGAGGUCCACCGAUUUGGAGCCGUCCCUCGGCCCAGAUAACGUCGCCAACCGACCCAGCAAGGCAGACUCCGACCCUAUUCCUUACCCCGAAGACAAGAUCCCAGAUGCCCCUCUCACGGGUGUACGAGCCCGCGCUACAGCGCCGUGGAAGCUCGAUUUCGUCAUCUGGUUCAUGGUGGGCAACACGCUACUUCAGUGUGUUCUCUGUGGGUUCAUGUGGGGAAUGAAUCGAUACAAUCGGCCCAGCUGGUCGACAGGCCUCUUCGUUGCGCUCGGUUGCAUCGUGGCCAUCAUUGCAGGGCUCGUCAUGUUCUUCGAAGGCAAAGCUGUCAAGGGUGUUGAGGGUGUGCCGGUUAGCCAAGCCGACAUGGAGCUACUUGCAAGGGAUAGAGAACGAGGCAUCUACCAUUUCAACAACAUGGGAGAUAAGGACGAAGAGAAGAACAGGAAGAAGAAAAUAAAGAAGGGUCACGGUGAGAAGGAGACGUCAAAAGAGCAUGGCAUUAUGAAUGUUGAAACGACAAAUACAACACGCAACCGCUCAAUCAGCCACGACGUCACCGUCUACGCCCGUCCGAACAACUCUGGACUCAGCCCGUUCCAGCAGCCGCACUCGCGAACCAACAUGGGUCUAUCAUACAAUACCUAUCUAACCAGCGCUAAGAUAUAUGGCUGCAAAACUUGCAAAGCGCACUUGGCCAACCACGAAGACAUCAUCAGUCGGAACUUUCGGGGCCAGCAUGGCAAGGCAUACUUGUUCCACAGUGUUGUCAACAUCGAAACCGGUGACCCGAGCGAGCGUAACAUGACCACCGGACGGCAUAUUGUCUGCGACAUUUCCUGCCGCCAAUGCAAAGCCAUAGUUGGCUGGAAAUAUGACAAAGCGUACGAAACUUCUCAAAAGUAUAAGGAAGGCAAAUUCAUCCUCGAGGCCGAGUUGCUAUGCAACGUUGCUUGA